AUGUCCACCAUCAGCGAGAUCAAGACUCUCGAAGAGUGGGAGCAGCACCUCUCGGCGCUCCCACCAAUGACCCUCCUGAUCGUCAGCUUCCACGCCCCCUGGGCCGCGCCCUGCGCGCAGAUGGCCACCGUCCUCUCGACACUCGCGUCCGAGUACCCCGUCGCCGAGCCGCCCGCGACGUCGUGGGUGUCCAUCAACGCCGAGGAGCUGAGCGACAUCAGCGAGACCUACGACGUCACCGCCGUGCCCUUCCUCGUCCUCGUCCGCGACGGCCAGGUGCUCGAGACCGUCAGCGGCAGCAGCGCCAUCAAGGUUCGGACAGCCAUCGAGACACACGCCGGCGGCGCUGCGGCGGGGGCGGGGGCCGGGUCUGCUGCCGCCGCGCCGGCCGUUGAGCCGACACCACCCGCCGCGGGGAAGGCGGACGGCGCCGCCGGGGAGGAGGGGGUGGACCCGGUGAAGCAGAAGGAGGAGCUCUUCAAGAGGCUGGAGGAGCUGGUCAAGGCAGCGCCGGUGAUGCUGUUCAUGAAGGGCACGCCCGGCUCGCCGCAGUGCGGCUUCUCGCGGCAGCUGGUGGCCAUCCUGAGGGAGAACGCCGUUAAAUACGGCUUCUUCAACAUCCUGGCCGACGACGAAGUGCGGCAGGGCCUGAAGGAGUUCGCCGACUGGCCCACAUAUCCGCAGCUGUGGGUCGACGGGGAGUUGGUUGGCGGUCUGGAUAUUGUUAAAGAGGAAAUGGCGAACGACGAGGAUUUCUUCAAGCCUUACAGCGUCAAGACCAACGGCGAAACUGCGGCUGCGUAG